AUGACACUCCUACGAGUAAUUGUUACAUUGAUAAGUGUUCUAAUUAUGCCUAUUUACGCAUUACCAGAAAUGAUAGAUACUGUUUUGGUGAACUGUUCAGGAAUUGGAUAUCCAUAUUCUUUUUGUAUCCUGACACCAGAUGUAGAGGUAUUGGAUCUGUCUUAUAACAACAUCACAAUGAUUCAACAGCAGAGUUUCCAUAAUCUUAACAAGCUGAAGAAACUACUUCUUCAGUUCAAUCAUAUCACUGCGAUAGAAGCUGGUUCAUUCGCAAAAAAUUCAGAACUAAGGUAUCUUGACCUUGCAAAUAAUCUUUUGUAUGAUAUUUCAGUCUUGCCAUUUAACCAUCUCCAGUCACUGACACACCUUGAUAUUACAAAUAAUAUGUUUCUCACAGCUGACUUUGGAGCGGAGAUCAACAAACUGCAGAAACUACAUUCUUUACGUUUUGGAAACACUCAUAUUACUUCCUUAAAUUCCAGCUCCAUAUCUGCACUUCAAGGAAUCCCACUCAAGGCUGUUUACUUAAUUACUGGAGACCUACAGGCGUUUGAACCUGGAACAUUUAGUGCCUUGCAGAAUGUAGAAAAGCUGUCUCUUGAUUUGCAGUUUGAGCAGGAAGGACAAAUACUCAUCAAUAUUUUGAAGGAUGUUCCAAUGACUACCACUACAUUGGAAAUUCUAAAUUCUGAUUUUGUUAAAAAAGCAAAGAAUAUUGAUUUCUUUUUCCCUCUGAAAAUGUUAAAUAUCUCAACACUAGUUGUGCGUAAUAUUACCAUUGAUGAUUCUUUGACCACACAUUUACUUAACAGUGUUCUAGGUUCAAACAUAAAAGAAUUAUUUUUAGACACAAUUUUAAUGGAUGGCAUAGGCAAGUGGAACGUAAUACCCAUACCAUCUGACCAGAUUAGUUUGCGCAAGCUUUAUAUAAUUAAUAUAGAAAAUCCAAAUUUCUACCAUUUUUACUCACUUGCGUAUCUUAUUGAUAUGUUUGCACAACUGACAGAGUUAAUAAUACGAGAUGGAAAUUUGUUUUACAUUCCAUGUCAGGUAUCAGAAGUUAUGACACACUUAAGAUAUUUGGAUAUAUCUGUUAACUUGCUUGAAGAACUCAGCUUUAUUCCUGGAAAAUGCUUUGCUCCUUUUCCCAAUCUUAAUACUCUCAUAGCAAACAACAACAAGUUUUUAAAUCUACAAAAAUUUAGCACAUUGUUAUCUAAAAUGGAGAACUUGUCUUGUAUAAAUGCUAGUCAUAAUGACCUUGUACUACAGAAGGGACUGACCUGCACAUGGCCUCAGACUCUAAAGCAUAUAAAUUUUUCACACAAUAACCUGGAAAGCAAUGUGUUCGGCUGCUUGCCAGCAUCAUUAGAAUCACUAGAUCUGAGUUACAAUUCCAUCACUGCAGUUGCAAACCUCAAAAGGCUCAGAAAUCUCCGUGAGGUUUUUUUAACCGAAAACUUCAUAGCAUCUUUACCUGAAAUUCCAGUGGGUUACUCACUGAAAAUCUUACACGUUGACCACAAUAAAAUUCGUAACAUAAACAUACACUCUUUACAAUCAUUAGAUCUAGAUGAACUCAAAUUCAGCAACAAUCCUUUGGAAUGCUUCUGUGCAAUUCAAUCAGUCUCUAAUUAUGUUCAAAAAACACAUGUAGUGAUUCUUGAUUGGCCAAACCAGUAUCGAUGUGCAAGUCCAAGAAAAUUUAAGGGUCGAGUUAUCCAAGCCCUGAAAUUUUCCCCAAUUGAAUGCAAAAUUCCUUUGUUUGUUGGGGUUCUUUUGGCAUGUUUUGGACUUUUGGUAGGUGUCUGCAUUGUGCUGUGUAUAAAGUAUAACAUCACCUGGUAUUGCCGCACACUCUGGCUUUGGCUUAAAGCUAAAAGAAGUCUAGAUGCCAACCUGGUUGAAACAAAUUUUGAGUACAAUGCUUUUGUUUCAUACAGUGAGCAUGAUUCGGCAUGGGUGAAGAACAAACUGCUUGUACAGUUAGAAAAUAAUGACCCACCUUACCGCAUCUGUAUCCAUGAAAGAGAUUUCAAACCUGGAAAAUCAAUAAUUAAUAAUAUAAUUGAUUGCAUAUCAAAAAGUUAUAAAACCAUAUUUAUCCUAUCAAAACACUUUGUGGAAAGUGAAUGGUGCCAUUAUGAAUUCUUCUUUGCACACCAACAGGUGUUUGAUGACAAAAAGGAUGGUCUUAUCUUACUCCUGUUAGAACCUAUUCCAAAGAAUUCCAUCCCAGAUCGAUUUUGCAAACUAAGGAAACUGAUGAACAGAAACACUUAUUUGGAAUGGCCUCAGAAUGAGUUUCAGCAGGCCUUCUUUUGGAAAAGAUUGAAAGCUGUCCUGAAUUUGGAUUUCCAUUCGUGCAGUUCAAAAAUAACUCUGCAAGAGGUUAUCCAAGAACCUGAUGAGAUCCCUAAUUGUAUUUAGAUAAA